CUUUUUUCCUUGAUUUCUGGACCAGGAUUUUAUUUCAAUGAAUUCAUUCGUUCUGCUCUAAUGGGUCAACUGUUCAACUUCCAGUGUACAAGAUCUGAAAGGAAUUUCCCAAACUUCGUUCUCUUCUCCAGAAGGCACCCUGAAAAACACCGAAUUUUAAAAACAAAUGAACCGAAUAUCCCGAAUCUUUCAGAUUUCAACCCUGAGCUCCCUACAAAAGUAAUCAUCCACGGUUUUCUCGACAGCUUUCGCAUGACUGACUGGAUGCAAAGAAUGAAGACGAAGCUUCUAGCAGUUGAAGAUUGCAAUGUGAUCAUCGUAGAUUGGAGCUGUGGUAAUUUGUUUCCGUUUGCAAGAGCAAUCGAUAAUUCAAAAAUUGUGUCUAGACACCUGGUAGAACUCAUUCGAUUUCUUCAGAUAGAGAGAGGCGCAGAUCCAUCGACCUUUCAUUUGAUUGGCCACAGCAUGGGUAGUCACAUAGCCGCCAAAGUAGGCCAUGCAAUUUCAAAUAUUGGAAGAAUAACUGCAUUAGAUCCUGCCUAUCCAAGAUUCUACCAAAUGCCAGUAGAAGACAGGUUAGAUCCAAGUGAUGCCAAGUUUGUCGACGUAAUUCAUUCCGAUGCUGGAUACUCACUAUUUGAAGGGUUAGGUAUGCGGACAAGAGUUGGUCAUUUAGACUUUUAUCCAAACGGCGGCAAUAAUCAACCUGGUUGUAAACACUCGCCAUUCUCCAUCUUUCCGAGUGCUGGUCUUUUUAACGGUCUAAGGUACUAUCUUACAUGUGAUCAUUAUCGUGCAGUGGAGUAUUAUAUUGAGAGUAUCCAGCCUGUGACCCCAUCGAAUUCUUCCAGAGAUAUUCCAUGCCAGCAUGUAGCCGUCGCCUGCGGUGACUGGAACUCAUUCUCUGCAGGGAGAUGUGCUGAUUGCUCCCUCAGUGGUUGCGCUUUUAUGGGCUACAACAGUGACUUCUUCUCCGACCCGCAGAUCAGCAACAGAGAAUAUUUUGUGCAGACUUUUGAAGAAGAACCAUUUUGUACCUUUCAGUUCCAAGUGAUUGUUGAAACAGAAUCUGGACAAAAUUUGACGAACGAUAAUUCUCGGAUGGAUAGAUCAGGUGUCAAUAGAGGCGUUAUUCGAUUGGAGCUGGAAGCGCACGACGGGAGAAAGACAAGACUUGAUGACAAGAAAGCAAAAGAAAUGAAACCUGAUGAUAAUUACGUGUAUUUGGCGAAAAGUCGAUUCCGUAUUGAUGCCGUACAAGGAGCCAACUUCUGGUUUGAUACUUUAAUGAACGCCAACACAACCGCGUUAAAGAGUACGGCAAAUUUGAAAAGAAUAAAAAUAAUGCCUAUCGCACUAGCAACAACAAUGUACAGUGCUGAAACUCUUAGCAAUGAAAUAGUUAUGUGUGGUUCUUACGACAAAGCAAUUGAAGGCAAUAAGAAAAUUAAUUUAACUAUUAACGACUGCUAGAAUGUCAGCAAGUAGACCAAAAUGAAGUUUAAUGCUUUGUUAGAUAAUGCGAGAUUUGCGUUGUUGACAUUUUGUUGUUUUAAUACGUUUUAACACUAUUGACGAAUAUGCUUUAUCAAUUAUUUUAACUUGUAUAUGACCCACAUGUGACGUAUGUUAAAAAUGCGUGGGAUUUUUUUAAAAAUGUUAUUUUUAUGUUUGAAAUAAAGUAUUGAAGUUUUGAAA